UGCCAUGUCGCAAGCUCGGCACGCAGCAGAAUAGCUUCUCGUUGUCCACUACAAGCUCUCCUCCCCGACUUCUUCUCCCUGAGUGCUCGCGUACUGCUUCCCACCUUUUACUUCCCGGUCCUGAACCGUCCGCCGCGCUGCCUUCAUGUGCGCCGCCUUCGACGUCUCCGACCCGAUCUCCUUUCGCUCUACCACGGCCUCUCACAUUCCCACCCAGCCUCACAUUUUGGCUAGAGCGAUCAGUUCGCGACCUCGGCGCUUGACUUGCACGCUUUGAUCACCAUGGAGGGAGGCACGGCGGAUGCACCGAGACGGGAGGAGUGGUCAAAACCCAACGGAGUCAGGUUAAAACGGGAGGACUCGAGCGGCUCGGCCACCCCGAACGGGUCCAAAAUCAACUCACGGGCGUCCAGCACGUCGCCCGACGACGCGAAAUCUGCCGGCGCCAGCAUAUCACCGCCCGAAAAUGGCCCGCUACCGAAGCUAUCACGAAAAGCGUCCCAAAGAAUGCCCUCGAGCCCGCCUCCAUUGUUCGACCAUCUGCCGGACGCCACUCAGGAAGCAUGCAGCACAUUUCAGGUGAUCAACGAUUGUCUCUAUGGCUCGCGGAACAUGGGGUCAUCAGACCAUGACGCUCUGGAUUGUGACUGCGCUGAAGAUUGGCGUGACGACCGUAAUCACGCCUGCGGUGAGGACUCAGACUGCAUCAACCGGGCGACCAAGAUCGAGUGCGUAGACGGCGAAUGCAACUGCGGCGAUGGCUGCCAAAACCAGCGGUUUCAGCGCAAGCAGUAUGCCAAGGUCUCGGUCAUCAAGACGGAGAAGAAGGGCUUUGGCCUGCGGGCGGACACUGACCUGCAGCCCAAUGACUUUGUGUACGAGUACGUCGGCGAGGUCAUCAACGAGCCCACCUUCCGCAGCCGCAUGCUGAAGUACGACAAGGAGGGCAUCAAGCACUUCUACUUUAUGUCGCUGACCAAGAACGAGUUCGUGGAUGCGACCAAAAAGGGCAACCUCGGCAGGUUUUGCAAUCACUCGUGCAAUCCCAACUGCUAUGUGGACAAGUGGGUGGUGGGCGAAAAGCUGCGCAUGGGUAUUUUCGCCGGCCGCAGGAUCCGCGCCGGCGAGGAGCUGGUGUUCAACUACAACGUGGACCGCUAUGGCGCCGACCCGCAGCCGUGCUACUGUGGCGAGCCAAACUGCGUCGGCUUUAUCGGCGGCAAGACGCAGACAGAACGCGCAACCAAACUGCCGCUUGCAACCAUUGAGGCGCUCGGCAUCGACGAUGGCGACAACUGGGACACGACGGUCGCCAAGAGGCCGCGCAAGAAGAAGGCGCACGAGGACGACGAGGAAUAUGUCAACAGCCUUCAGCCCCGUGCGCUCGACGAGGACGGCGUCAACAAGGUCAUGGCUACGCUCAUGCAGUGCAAGGAGAAGUGGAUUGCCGUCAAGCUGCUCUCCCGACUCCAGGCGACCGAGGAUGACCAUCUUCGCCAUAGGGUGGUGAGGAUGCACGGCUACCAAAUCCUGAAAAGCACCUUGAACACAUUCAAGGACGACACCAACGUGGUUCUGCAAAUCCUGGACAUUUUAUACCAGCUUCCGCGGAUCACGCGAAACAAGAUCUCGGAUUCGAACAUCGAGGCGGCGGUGCAGCCGCUCGCAUCGGCCGCGCACGAAGGGGUCGCUGCUGCCGCCCAGCGGUUGCUCGACGAGUGGAGCAAAUUGGAGACCGCCUACCGCAUCCCGCGCAAGAAGCACGACCAUACGGCGCCAACAACAGUCAAUUCAUUCGAGGAGGAGCGGCGCAACAAGGACCGCGACGAGCCGGCCAAGCCCGCGGCGGAUCCUUUCGCCAACGUGGUCAUCCCGACCGGACCGCGUAGCAACAUCCCGCAGCGGAAUGCGAAUUACUUCAACGGGCAGCGCCCCCGGAAGUUGCCCACCAAUCUGCCCGCCGGGUGGUUUGUCACCACCGACAAGACCGGGCGAUACUACUUUUACGAUGUGAACGGUAGGACGCAAUGGCAGCGUCCCACCAUGCCUGCCAUCGAGACCCCGAAGGCGUCUGCGAAGGCACAGCAGGACCAAAAAGCGCUGCAGAGCAUCAUCGACAGCCUGACCAAAGAGCCGACGCCUCGGCGUUCGGCAGGCCACACACCACAGCGGUCCAGCACGCCUACGGCGGACCCCAAAAAGGAAAAGUGGCGUUCUCUGCCGAUCGAGAAGCAGAUGAAGAUCUACGAGAACACGCUUUUCCCUCAUGUCAAGCACGUCAUGGACAAGUUCCACGGCAAACUCCCAAAGGAGGACUUGAAGAAGUUCGCACGUGAGGUCAACAAGAAACUUGUCGCCUCGGACUACAAGAACAACCGCGUUGAGGACCCGACCUCCAUCUCCUCCAAGCUGGCAAAAAAGGUGCGAAACUACGUCCAAGACUUCUUCGAGCGCGCCUUGGUGAAAUACACCGAGCACGAGAAGAGGAAGGCCCAGAGGGCCGCUGCUGCAUCGUCCCGGCCAGACGGAGGGGCCGGCGCGGGUCCAGCCGCCACACCGGUCAAGGACGGCGACGAAGCCAUGUCUGACGUCGAAGGCGCCAGCAGCCCCGGCAGCUCGGCGGGGCGCAAGCGCAAGCGCGACGACGAGGACCUCGUCGAAUCGCCCGAGGAGGGAGGGGCGCCCCCGUCCGAGACGCCGUCGGCGAAACGAGCGAGAGAGGACGAGCCCGCCGCCGUCCCGAGCCCGCCCAGCCCGCCGCCCCCGCCGGCCGACACGCCGCUGACCGAGGAGGAGCGGUCGAUGCGCGAGCAGGAGGAGGCGCUCAUGCGCGAGAACGAGGAGGCCCAGCGGCUGGAGGACGAAGCGCUGGCCCAGAUGGACGGGGCGAAGAAGCAAGACGCCAGUGGCGUGGCCGCGGCGCGGGCGAAUGGGUUGAUGACGACGGCCGCCGCCGGCGCCGCCGGCAGGGGAGUCGGUGCUUCUCCGUCACCGGAAGACGUCGUCUCUUCGAUGGAUGUUGAUGCGCAGCCACCACAGCAGCAGCAGAAGCAGCAGCAGGUGGUGCUGAGCCACUGAAAUCCGAGGCAGGUCUCUCUUUUAUUCGCAUCCCCGUAAUCUCUCACAUGCCGGGAGGCGGGAAGGAACUCAGAGAUCGACGAGGCCCGAAAUAACGCAGCCAACGCUGCCCUACCCUCCCUACCCAUAAAGGCGUACAGGCCGUUGCGCUUCAUCAAAGCGCCGCAUUCC